AUGAAUGUUUUUCUUGUAAUAUUUAAUUUUUCUUACCUUUACCUUUAUUGUUGUUUCUAUCUAUCUAUUACUAUUUGGUUUGACAGUAACACAUUUGUAACUAUAAAUCUAUCUAUCUAUCUAUCUAUCUGUCUAUCUAUCUAUCUCAGUCAGGUCAUUAUCUAUCUAUCUGUCUAUUAUAUUCAUAUCUAUCUCAUUGUUAAUCUACAAGCAUACUUUUCACAGUUUAUUUUAUCUAUCUCUCCAUCUAUCUAUCUUAUGUGUGGCUAUCUAUCUAUCUAUGUCUGUUCAUUAUUUAUCUAUCUAUCUAUCACAAUCCAUUUUGAUCCAACAAUGAUUAUCAAGAAGAUUCUCUUCUUAUUACUGUUUAUUGACCACAUUCUUUUUCUUUUUUAUUGUCAAUUUUUUCCUUCUUUGUGCUUUUCAACUAAUAAAACUAACAUGUCUCGCUUUUUGCUGAUUGACUUGCCACUGUCAUAG